AUGAAGAUUGUUUCAAUGGCAGUUAAAUCAUUCAAAGGCAAUUUUCCAUUUAGGGUUCAUCACACUCCUUUGCUAAGAAACCUUUCUACUUGGACAUUUCCAGGAAAUGGAGCUGCUAAUCAGCAGGUUAACAAGUCAGAGUCAUCCGAGGAAUUUGAGCAGCGAAUAUUUAGUCCUGGGCGAAAUUCCAAAACAGAUGCCAUUUUAGAUAGGCUGAAUCAACAAGCAAGGGGUCGAGAUAGAUCUGGUGGAAGUUCCCAGCUGUUGGAUGAUCUGGAACAAAGUUUUGAUACAUUAUCUGAUGGAUUGGAUGGGAAGCUGAAUAAUGCUGCCAGAUACUUUGAAUUCGAUCCUGAUGAGAUCGAUAAAGAUGAUUAUUCUUAUCGAUAUGAUACCACUUUUCACCAGGGAUCAACAUAUAGUACAAAGGAUCUUGAUCUUACAAAACCUGCUGCACGAAAACCCGCCAUAAGGAGCGAAUUCGUAGUAUCCACUAAAGAAGUUCUUAGUCAAGCAGAUUUCAGGAAUGUAAGAUUCUUGGCAAACUUCAUAACAGAAGCUGGAAUUCUUAUCAAGAGGAGCAAGACUGGCAUCAGUGCGAAGGCUCAAAGGAAGGUUGCCAGGGAGAUUAAAACUGCCAGAGCAUUUGGCUUAAUGCCCUUUACAACAAUGGGUACAAAGUCAUUUAUUUACGGGAGAACUAUGGAGAAUCUUGAUGACGACUUUUCGUACAGGAGUGAAACUAGAAACAUGCCUAGUGAAAUUGAUAUUGAAGACCAUGUUUAA